UAUAUAUUUUUGUACUUAAUGAUUCAAGAUGUACCACAAUUAUCGAUUAUAAAGGUGAAUGUCGUUUCGGAAUCGGUGAAAUGGAAGUGUUUACGAGUAUCAGCCCGAAUCUAGUGAAGAAAUAUCAAUCAUAUGUGGAGAACUCAAGCUUCAUUAUACUUGAUGGCAAUCUACCUUUAGAUACGAUUCAAUACUUACUAGAGCUUGCAACAUAUUCGAAAAUUCCAGUUUGGUAUGAACCUACGGAUGUAAAAAAAGCAAUGAAAAUAUUUGAAGCAAAGUUACAGUGGCAAAAUGUUUUGCAUUUUAUAUCACCAAACAGAAAUGAGUUAUUAGUCAUUGGAAAAUACCUUGGCAUACCAAUACCUGAUAAUAAAUUAACUAUGGACUUAGAAGAAAUAAAAGCAAUUGCAGAGCAAGUAGCUAAAUUUAUUCCAGUAAUUAUAUGUACAUUAGGGUCACAUGGAGUCUUGGUUGUUCGUAAAGCUUUGGGAAAUGAUCCUUUUUAUGAUAAAGAAGGUAAAUUAAUUAUCCAUAAUAUGUCCAUCACUUCUCGUUUAUAUCCGCCUUUAUCUUACGUUUCUGAUGAUCCAAAUGAAACGUUUAAUGUAAGUGGUUGUGGUGAUUGUCUUACUUCUGGAAUAAUUUAUGGAAUUCAUAAAAAUUUAGAUGAAAUUAGCUGUCUUUCUUUAGCUUUAAAGGCUGCAGCACUUUCCUUAACUUCAUUAGAUGCAGUUCCUGCUUCACUUUCAUUAUUAUGUAAUGAUACAAAAUAUUAAUAAAUAGACAAUUUGUAAUAAAUAUAAAAAU